UUGAGUUUUAUUCUUUGCUCUUCUUUGUUGGGGAAUGCAUCCACUUUUCCGUUCCAUAUCAGCAUGGGAGUCGAGAGCGUGAGCGAUUUUUUUGCGUACUGGCUGAGGCAGCACGACAAGUCAGCCCCCAAGACACUGCGGGAGCGGUUCUGGUUGUCCUGCAGAGGCACUGGAGUUAAGUGGGCGCCGUUCACGGGGCUGCUGGUGAUGACGCUGUCCGGGCUGGACACCAUCAUGACGCGCACGUCGCUGCUCGACGCGGGGCCGGGCAUCCGCUUCCUGUUCGGGAUGUACGCGUGCACCACGGCCGUGUACUUUAACGCGUUCAAGCAGGAGGAGACGCUGGCCAUGUUGCGCCAGCUCAGCUGGGUCGCCGUGCAGGUCGAGGGCGGUGAGCUUGGCGGCCAGCCCGACCCAGACACCCAGGCGAUGCUGCGGCGCACGGCGACCAGCUCGUCCAGGUUCAUCCGCGGCGGCGAGAUUUGGUCCUGCUUCGUCAUGAUCUCGAUCGGGCUGCCCGUCGCGCUCACGGGCAAGCCCGCCAACCCGACGUGGCCGCCGCCGGACACGCCCGCCCAGUGGUGGUCGCUGCUCGUGCUGCACUGCCUCAGCACCGUGUUCCUGCCCGCCGCGUACUUCUCCCUGUUCCCGCUCAUCACCAGCCUGUUCAGGCAGUGCUCGGCGCUGGAGCACGCCAUCGCCAAACUGCUGGAGAGGGCGCACACCUUUCAGCAGGUCCGCGACGCGACGCUGUUGUCGUCCGAGCUCAACCACGGCUUCGCCAUGCUCAACGGCCUCUUCCACGGCAUCCUGUCGCACAUCCUGCAGAGCACGCUGUUCAUCCCGCUCUUCGCCGCGUACGAGAUGCUCAACGGCCAGUUCGACGGCUUCCUCAUCGCUGUCAUCCCUCUCAACUUCGCCUUCUUUCUGCCGCUCUGCCUCGCCGGCGAGGGGACAAAAAGCGCCGCGCUCGCGGAGGCCGCGUACAACGGGUCCUGGCUGGAGGGCGAUCACAACUGCCGUGUUUUGAGGUUGCAGGUGAUGCAGCGCGCCGCCAGGCCGAAUCAAAUCACCAGCCGUGAGAUGGGCCCCAUCAACCUUCGCCUCUUUCAGGAGGCCUUAAAAUCUUGGUUUUCUUUCCUCAAUUUUAUGCUUAAUACCCUGUGAUUAGUAAGACACUAGAGAUAGCAAUUAGACUUAGAACACUCUUUA